UUGCACAUGGCGACCAGCUGUCAGUUGAGGUUGCUGAGAGAUCAACUUAUGUCAACCCGUCCAGUGAUCUUUUCAAUAAAAAUCUCUAAUUAUAAUGACCUAUCCAGCAGUGAGAAUUGUUGAUUUGAAUGUGGGGUUCAGUUCAAUGAUAAAAUGAAUAAAGGUCCAUUGGUAUCCUUGACCAAUAUGAUGAUCAUCAAAGUAGAGUAGACGAAGAAUGGAAAUUCAAGAAAACGCACACAGAAGACGCUCACCAUGGAUGGGUCUGAAAAAUAUACCAAAUCGAAUUGCAGAUGCGGCGGAGAGAUUCUACUAUUUCCUUGGCUUCCACAUUGCCAGCGAGCCAAAAAAAUGGCUGAUAAGCAGCUCGCUUAUAGUUUUACUCUGUCUUGGAGGACUCUUCCGAUUCAGAAUAGAGAAGAACCCUUUGAAACUUUGGGUUCCUCCGGAUUCAGAUUUUGUUCGUGACACUAAUUGGAUAAUGGAAAAUUUUGAGGAAGGACAACGAGUACAAACAGCCAUCUUUACAGGAGACGACGUUUUGCAACCACAGGCUUUAGUUGAACUGAACGAGAUUACAAAACGUGUAUUAGCAACACAAUCGUCAGACGAACCAAGAAUCUCUUGGACUGACAUAUGUUUCAAGGUACCUGUGAUAACAGAAAUUACAAGACGUGAAAGACGCAAUGCUAAUUCUCUUAGUGAUGAUUUUUUUGACGAAGAGCCAGCGGCUCGAAUGAAUGAAACAAAAUUUGAACCUGCAGUUCAUGCUCCGAGUGAUCUCUACUGCGAAAUGGUCAACAGUUUUCCAUCAGCUUGUCUAGUCUUAAGUAUUCUCGAUAUUUGGGAAUACAAUUCCACCUUCAUCGCACAGCAAACAAAGAAUGAUAUCAUAUGGAAAUUUAACUCUCAAAGUAUUAGCCCCACGUUGGGACAUCCAAUAAACUUUGCAGAGCUCCUAGGAGGUAUAACUAGAGAUUCAUCGGGGAGAAUAAUAUCAGCAAAAGCAGUUAAAACAAUGUGGAUGGUUCACGUUAAUUUCACUACCGUGAAUAUGGAUAAAAUUGGGAAUGAUAUUGGAACAGCCGACUGGGCAACGGAGAACGUUUUAGCGUGGGAAUCAGCUUUCCUCCGCGAACUAGAAAUAAAUGCAGAAAUCAUUAAGUUGAGGAAUAGUUCCGGUCGAAACUGGGCAUUAUGGUAUGAAGCUGGACGUAGCUUUGGUGAUGUCAGUUCGGCUGCCAUGUUUCAGGACAUGGACAAGAUAAUAGCUGGUACCGCUAUGAUGUCAAUUUACGUACAAGUGAUUUUAUCUGACUUUAACUGGGUGGAAUGGCGAUUUUGGCUGACCACUGCUGGUCUCCUGUGCAUCGGAGGUGCAUUUAUCAUCGCUGUAGGUGUAUGUUCUCUCAUCGGAGUGCCUUAUGGACCAGUUCACACAUCACUGCCGUUUAUGCUAAUGAGCUUAGGAAUCGAUGACAUGUUCGUUGUGAUGGCUUCCUGGAAACAGGUUCUGUCCAAUAAGUGUAACAUUAACAAGCCAUUACCUGAAAGGGUUGGCCUGAUGUUGAGCCACGCUGGCACUGCAAUUUCAAUCACGUCCUUGACAGACGUCGUCGCCUUCAUCAUCGGUGCAUCUACGAUCUUACCAUCCUUGGAAUCAUUUUGCAUUUACGCAGCGAUGGGUGUUUUCGUCACCUUUCUACUGCAGCUCACCUUCUUCGUUGGUUUUUUCACCCUAGAUGCAAAACGCAUCGAAGCCAAACAAAACGGCAUAUUGCCUUGUAUAGUGCAUCGUAAUUUCGAGCCAACAGCGAUCAACGAAAACCGACAAUUCUCAUGGAAGAUAAUGAAUUGCAUUUACUCAAAGGUAGUUUUAACACUGCCAGGAAAAAUCAUAAUUCUGUUAAUGACAGCUGGCAUUGCAUCCUUCGGAGUCAUGGGCUCGUUGAAUCUGGAACAAUGGUUCGAUCCUGAUUGGUUUCUUCCAAACGAUACCUAUCUGAGUAACUACAUUCACCAGCGUAAUCUACACUAUCCUAAGUUGGGGCAAGUCGGAUUCGUAGUUAUGGGAGACAUAGAUUACGUGUUCGAACUCCCACGAAUAGUUACUCUUACGGAGACCCUGGCAAAUCUGUCCUUUGUACAAACAGUGGAGCCAUGGCCUCUAGAUUUUGUUAAAUUUGUCAAGACUUAUUACAAUAAAGACGCGAAGUCGAAAAAUCUCUCCGAAGAGGACUUCGGCAAUUAUUUGUCAAGAUUUCUCUUCAGUCGAGAUGGCGGCAAGUAUCAAAGAAAUUUCCUGUUCGACAGGAAGUUGACUUGCGGUAAAGGAGCGCCAAAAAUCCUAAUUGCUAGUAUAGACUUCAAGUUCUACAUGUUCAGCGGUCCCCACGAAUGGAUUCCAGCAAUGGACGAAGUGAAACAAGUAGUGGCCAACGUCGGAAUUGAAGGAUUCGUUACGGUUUGGGCCAAGGCCUUUGCUACUUGGGUGACGGACAAAGUAAUCUCUCGCGAGGUGUCACGCAAUCUCGUUUUGGCACUGAUAUGUGUAAUGGGAACAACAGCUAUUCUCAUUGCCGAACCGCAAACGUGUUUCUGGAUACUCCUCUGUGUCUUGUUAACGCUUCUCGACGUUUGCGGUUUCAUGUACUACUGGGGACUGACCAUUGACAUUGCAUCCUGCAUCGGUCUAGAGCUGGCCAUUGGAUUAAGCGUGGACUACGCGGCUCACGUAGCCCAUGCUUUCCUAAAUACCUCGUCACAUGACGGAAAACGAGACCGUCAGACAAGGACAUUGGUGGCAGUAAGACACAUCGGAGCGGCAGUCAUUUUUGGAGCUGGUUCCACGUUGCUGGCGCUAUCAUUGCUGUCUUUUUCGCAAGCCUACGUAUUUCGUGCCUUCUUCAAAAUAUUCGUCCUAGUUGUAGUAUUCGGUUUAUGGCAUGGACUAUUUCUCUUGCCAGUAGUGUUAAGUACCUUGGGUCCUCGGAGCCUUCACAAGGAAGACCGAGGCCAAAAACGCGAGGGCUCACCUGAGGAUUUAGACCCUGAGGUGAGGUCCCCUUUACGUACCGUUCCAGAAAGCUAAUUAACCGACCAUUCCCGGAUUAAUUAUCAAUAAUAUUUAUUUUUGGUUCAAUAAACAUACAAAAUUAUUACACUAUCCGUAAUAUCGAUCACACAUUUAUACAAAAAUAAAAGGUCGGAUAACUUAAAACGCAGUACUUAUAUUUAUAUGAGAUAAAAAACAAGUACAAAAUAACGUGGCUAGAUCGGCCGCGAACCGACAUUGAUACUAUCAUUCAAUCGUUAAGAUCGGAAAGGAACAUGACAUCCGUGAACGUAACGUUAUCGUGUCGGAUGCGCACUCGAGCAAGAAUCGUCGAGUUUUCAACAAUUUCUAUCGUUUAAUCGUACUCAUCGCUGCUUGGUCCUGUUCUCUGCGCAAUUUUCUUUCAAUUCGUUCGAGAUCAGCUGACGAUCAUAUGGUGGACUUCUGAAGGAUGAUAAAAAUUAGAUUACGUUUUCUGCUAUUCAAAAUAGAUUUUGAAAGGCCCAAAAGGUAAAUAUAUAUUCGGCUUGGAACCAGCCUGAUUUAAGAAUGCUUAGGUAAGACACCGUAAUUGUAUUUCAAUUUAUCCAUGAUAUGCAAAGUAUCGAAUACGCUGCCAAUUCUCAACCACUUCAGUCGGGUUUACUUUAGAGUUAGGGUAUUCGAUCGUUUUAGUCAUCCACGAGCAAAUAAUAUUCAUUUUUUUCACAAGAUAAACGUGUCCGUCCAAUAAUGUACAUGGCAAACGAAAAGAUCUGUCUGGGAAUUCCAGAUGUCUAUAUAUUCGCAUUUCUCUACCGUGUUGUUUCUACCUUGCUCUCUUUUUCCAAGUGAGGAAAAAAUCUCAUUUUCCUCAGAAAAUAUUCGAAGAUGUAAGCCGAGCACCUCGGUAACGAAUGUAUGCCAAAAAUGAUC